AUAUCACUAUUAUUUUAUUUCCUCUUAUUUCUUCUCCAAAAGUAGUAGCUUGGUAGAGCUUUGCCUUAUACUACACUGCAACAUUCUGAUCAAACUCUCAGUCUACUUACUCUUCACCCAUCCCUCUAUAAACAAUAUUUUCUUUUAUUUUCUUUACUCUAUAAAAGAGAAAGUCAUAUAUAUGGAUUUUGACUUACUCAAAUCUGCACCUUAUGAAGAUCAAAUGGAUAUGAUGCUCAUGAUGCAAAUGGAGGAUUUCUCCAAAGGGUAUUCUGAGAAUGAAAUGCCAAUGUUGGACUAUAGUCCACGACGAAGUAGCAACAACAACAAUAAUAAUGCAAAUCCUAAUAAUUUCUCUCAAAUGAUUGAUCAUCAUAAUUCACCAUCCACAUUCUUGAACAUGCCAUCCACCAUCUCAUUCAAUGGCUCUCCCCAAAUAGUUCAUGAAGAAUCAUCAAUAACCCUCCCUUUCUUGGAUAAUUCAAGUAGUAGUGGGAAAUGGAGGGAUUCUGUUGGCGUCAGAGGUACUGACUAUAAAGAACAAGUAUCCAAUGCCUCGCAUCUGAUAUUUCCUUCGCAGACAUUAAAGCGAAAUUCUAUGGCGGCCAUGAGGGAGAUGAUCUUUAGAAUAGCAGCAAUGCAACCAAUCCAGAUUGACCAAGCAUCAGUAAAAGCGCCUAAGAGAAGGAACGUGAAGAUAUCGAGCGAUCCUCAAAGCGUCGCGGCACGCCAUAGGAGAGAAAGGAUAAGUGAAAAGAUAAGGAUUCUACAGAGAUUAGUACCAGGUGGAACAAAAAUGGACACUGCAUCAAUGCUAGAUGAAGCAAUUCAUUACAUGAAAUUCUUGAAGAAGCAAGUUCAAUCCCUUGAAAAUGCAGAAGCUAGUAGGCCAGUUGCUGCUGCUGCUGCUUCAGGAUGCUUAGGAUUCCCUGUGCCAAUGUCAUUGAGUGGGAAUUAUUACCCUUAUCAUCAAAGUGUUCAUCCCUAGA